AUGAGGAAGCAUUUUGCUCUCGUCUUGCUCCAGGUGGACCUUACUCAGCCAUCGACGCCAUUGUCCGGCGGUCAUGGCUAUGAUGCCGCUGACAUUCCUGCCCUCACAGCAAAGGGCAUCACCUACGCCAACUGUCCGGAUACGUGCACCGAGGCCGUGGCUAAUACGGCACUGCACCUCAUCUUGAACUCAUUCCGAUACUUCACUCUCGCAGAGCAUCUUGCACGAAAUAAUCGAUGGAUUGAGAGCCGUCGUAUUGGCACUAUGGCCGUAGAUCCUGCGGGCAAGACUCUGGGCAUCGUCGGCAUGGGCGACAUUGGUAUUGCCAUUGCUCGUAAAGCCGCCUUGGCAUUGGAUAUGAAGAUUCACUAUCAUAAUCGGAAACCACGAGAGGAUCUCCAAAGAAUUGGUACCGAGGCUGUCUACCAUGAAUCUCUUGAGUCACUCUUGAGAGUCUCGGACUGCAUCUGCCUAGCAUGUCCACUAACACCCGAAACAAAGCACAUGUUGUCUACAAGCCGAUUCGGCAUCAUGAAGCAAGAAGGGGUUCGUAUCGUAAAUAUUGCGCGUGGCGGCCUUAUUGACGAGGAUGCAUUACUGGAGGCAAUGAAAUCAGGGCGUGUGAUUGGCUUGGGUCUUGAUGUUCAUGCGGCCGAGCCCACGGUGAACCCAAAGCUAAAGGAGAACUACGACACGACACUGUUGCCCCACAUUGGUGUUUGCUCCGGAACGAGUUGGAACAACUUUGACAAGAUCACGCUCACGAACCUUGAAGAGUGGUUCUUCGGCGACAAGACCAAGGUGACUGCGGUAAAUAAAGUCUGA